UUGUUUACCUGGUUACGUUGGGCGGUUCUUCUGUAUGGUAUCUGGUUUUACUACGACUUUUAUGCACCAAAACAGGGCGGCUAUAAUAAACGUUUGGUGAAAUGGUGGAGGACUCAACGGAUACACAAGUAUUUCAGGGAUUAUUUCCCGACAGCUUUACAUAGAACCGAAGAACUGCCAACCGGAACGAAUUAUUUGUUGGUCUGUCAUCCGCAUGGAAUAUUACCAUUCGGUGUCUACACUACAUUUGCUACAGCAGCCAAUGGUAUUUAUGAAAAAUUUCCGGGUAUAGAUAUUAGGAUUUCUACAUUACCGAUGCAGUUUUGGGUUGCUGUACGUCGAGAAUGGUUGCUUUUUCAUGGCGCUGUUGACUGCAGUAAAGAAAGCCUGGAAUAUUUAUUGGACACAAAUCGGACAAAGAAUAAUGCUGUUGUUCUUGUAGUAGGUGGUGCUGCUGAAGCUUUAGAUUCACGACCUGGAUGCCAAAUGUUGACGCUAAAAGGUCGGAAAGGUUUUAUUCGAAUUGCUUUAGAAACUGGCUCACAACUGGUUCCAGUUUAUUCGUUCGGUGAAACUGAACUCUAUGAACAGGUUGAUAAUCCGCGAGGAUCAAAGCUGAGAGCUGUUCAAGACUACUUCAAGCGACAUGUAGGUUUUUCAACUCCGAUAUUCAACGGAAGAGGAAUUUUCAACUACAAUUUUGGUUUACUUCCACGCAGGAAACGUAUUGAUGUUGUUGUUGGAGCGCCAUUAGUAGUUAAAAAGAACGAGAAUCCAAGUGUAGAAGAAAUUGAUCGGUUACAUGCCGAAUAUAUCAAAGCGCUGAGGAAACUUUUUAAUGACAAUAAAUCGAAAUAUGGUAUUCCACCAGAAGAAGAUCUUAUUAUUGUUUGA